CUCCUUAUACACUUGUUUGCGAAAGUUCCCGUGUUAAUUGUUCAUUACCCUGCAAUUUUGUUCUCUUAUCUUUUCUGAAAAUCCAUUCAUUUUGGGCUGUUGUUGUUGAGAUCAUAUCAUGGCUGGUGCACUUAUUGGUGGAGCUUUUCUUUCUGGCUUCAUUAACGUUGUUUUUGACAGGUUCCUUACAAAAGAUUCGGUCAACCUGAUCUUGGGCAAGAAGCUCGGCUCUGACUUGGUUGAGAGGCUGAAGAUUUCUCUGCAUGCUGCUGAAGCUCUGGUUGGUGAUGCUGAGUACAAGCAACUGGACAACCCAUCUGUGAAGGAGUGGCUCAACUGUCUGAGGGAUGCUGUUUACAUGGCUGAUGACUUGCUGAACGUUGUCCUCAUGAAAGCCGCCACUCGAAAGGAGGUACGUUCUUUCUGGUCCAUUAGCUUCCUCAACCCAGAUAGGGACAUGGUAGAUAAGAUGGAAGGGGUGGUUAGAAGGAUAGAAUUUCUUGAAAAACAAAAGGAUUUCCUUGGUCUGAAAGUGAUUCCCAAGGACAAUAACUUGGCAUGGAGAGCAUCCACAUCUCUGGUGGAGGGGAAUAUAUAUGGCAGGGAGGAUGAUCAACAAGCCUUACUCAAAAUAAUAAGUGACAACAGCGAAUCUCAGUUAUCUGUGAUCCCUAUUGUUGGCAUGGGUGGGGUUGGUAAAACAACCUUAGCUAAAUGGGUGUACAGUAUCAUAGAGGGAUUUGAUCUGAAAGCAUGGAUUUGCAUCUCUGAAACAUUUGAUGUUGCUGAUAUUACAAAGACAAUCAUAGAGGAAGUUACUAGAAGUCCUUGUACUCUUCAGAGUUUAAAUUCGCUUCAACUUGAAUUGAAGAGAAUCUUGUCGGAGAAGAAGUUUCUUAUUGUUCUAGACGACGUCUGGAGCGAUGAUGCUGAUAGCUGGAAGAAAUUUAAAACUCCUUUCCAUGGUGGGGCUAAGGGAAGUACAAUGCUUCUAACAACUCGCAUCAAAGAGGUUGCCUCAGUAGUUCAAACCUAUCCCUCUUACUUUCUUAAUGAGCUGUCGGAAGAUUAUUGUUGGCUAGUGUUUGCAGAUAAUUCAUGUUUUCUAAAGUCAAACGAGAACUCAACACUAGAAGAAAUUGGUAGAAAAAUUGUCAAGAAGUGUAAGGGGUUGCCAUUAGCUGCAGAAACUCUCGGGCGCUUGUUGCGAGGAAAGGAGGAUGUUAAAGAAUGGAAUGUUGUUUUAACAAGUGACAUCUGGGAAUUUUCUAUGAAAAAUAGUAAAAUUGUUCCAGCAUUGUUGAUAAGCUACUUCCAGCUCCCUGCCUAUUUAAAGCGUUGUUUUGUUUAUUGUUCGUUGUAUCCCAAAGAUUACGAAUUUGUCAAAGAUGAACUAAUCUUGUUGUGGAUAGCAGAAGAUCUUUUAAGGCCAUUGAAGAAAGGAGAAACUCUAGAAGAAGUUGGUCGGGAGUGCUUUGAUGAACUAGCUUCCAGACAUUUUUUUAAACAGCAUGAUCAUUUUUAUAAGAUGCAUGACCUAUUGCAUGACUUAGCAAUUUUUCUUGCUGGAGACUUCUAUUGUAGAUUAGAGCUUGGUAAUGUAGAAGCUAUGACUACUUUGACUCGUCAUUUGUCCUUUGAAAGCUUGAAUCAUCUGAUCUCAGAAAAUUUUGGUGCCAUUGAAUAUUUGAGGACAUUCAUGCGAGUUAAUUUCUUUUCUCAUUUAGACAACAAUGAUGGUGUAACAUUUAUCUUAAUGUCGAAGCUCAAAUAUUUGAGAGUUUUGUCAUUUUCUUUAUUCAAAGGACUUGAUGUAUUGCCUAAUACAAUAGGCGAAUUGACUUAUUUGCGUUACUUGAAUCUCUCCAAGACAAGUAUUAAAACGCUACCAGAAUCAUUGUGUGACCUGUACAAUCUACAAACAUUGAAGCUGGAUGAGUGUUCUAGUUUGACUAUGUUACCCAAUGGCAUGCAUAGGCUUGUUAAUUUGCGACAUCUAUGUAUUUGGAGAACUUGUUUAAAAGAAAUGCCAGGAGGAAUGAGCAAAUUGAAACAGUUGCACAUUUUACACCACUUUAUUGUGGGCAAGCAUGAAGACAAUGGAAUCCAAGAGUUGGGAGGCCUUUUAAAUAUCCAUGGAUCAUUUGGGAUUAAGAAUUUGGAGAAUGUUGUGGAUGUCAAACAAGCAAGGAGUGCAAGGAUAUUGGAUAAGAAGCACAUUGACCGCUUAGUGUUGAAAUGGUCUUCAAGCGAUGAUAUGGUUUCAAAUACACAAACUGAAAGAGAUAUACUUGGCACCUUGCAACCACACAAUGGGUUGAAAAUAUUGAAAAUCAAGGGAUACAGAGGUACAAUAUUUCCAAAUUGGGUUGGACAUUAUUCAUACCAAAAUAUGACUGGUGUAUGUUUGGAGUCUUGUAACAAUUGUUGCAUGUUGCCUUCACUUGGACAGCUUCCAUCUCUUAAGGCUUUGCGCAUUGAAGGUUUUGGUAGGCUCAAGAGUGUUGGAAUGGAGUUUUACAAGAAUGAAGGAGAUCAUCAUUCUUCUCCUAUUGCACCGUUUCCUGCACUCGAGACAUUGGAGUUUUGGAGUAUGCCAUGUUGGGAGGUGUGGCACUUAUCUGACUCAGAAGCUUUUCCUCAACUCAAGAACCUUCAAAUAACAAACUGUCCAAUGCUAAAGGGAGAUAUGCUUAAUCACUUAUUCUUGAGAAUAGUUUCUUCCUUGUUGGAUGCUUCCAAAGUUCACAAACUAGAUAUAUCAGAAGAUCAUGAAGGAUGGUCUCGAUUGGUGUCACUUAAGGGAGAUACUUUAUCAAUUAAGGGAUGUGAAACUGUGGUGGAGUCUGCAUUUAAGGCAGUUAGCAUCAACCGCCUAACUUGCAUACAAGAAAUAAGAAUUUCACAUUGUUCGUUUGCUGUAUCCUUUCCUGGCAACUGUUUACAUAAAUCUUUGCAAAAGCUGACAAUCUGGCAUUGUGAAAAACUGGAAUUCCCACAGCAACAGCAGCAGAAGUAUGAUUUGGUAGAGCUACAAAUACACUCCAGCUGUGAUUCACUGGAUGCCUUUCCAAAUCUGAAGACUCUCAAGAUAUCAGGGUGUGAGAAUCUGGAAUCAGUUUCAAUAUCACAGCCACCACACACUGCUCUUCAACAUCUCUCCAUCCAUCAAUGCCCCAAAUUUGUGUCAUUUACAGGAGAAGGACUGGCUGAACCCAACUUGACUCAUUUCGAAGUUAACUUGUGUGACAAGUUGGAGGCAUUGCCGAGUGACAUGAAUUCUCUUCUCCCAAAUUUAGAUUCUAUCAACAGCCGGAAAAUUUGUAGGCUGCCAGAUGGUGGUUUGCCGCCUAACUUGAAGCAGCUUAUUGUCAACAAACAACUGAGGGGUCUAUCGUCGAUGGGCAACUUCGACACCCUCACUCAUCUUACCAUUCAGGGUUAUGUUGGUGUGAGGUCAUUCCCAGAGGUAGCUUCUCUGCCUCACCUUCCCUACCUUAUCACUUUGCGUCUGUAUUGGUUUCCAGAUCUCGAGUCAUUGGAGUGCAACCAGCUUCUCUGCCUCUACUCCCUUCAGAAAUUAAAAAUUGGAUGGUGUCCAAAGCUGGAGAAUAUGACAGGAGAAAAGCUGCCUCCCUCUCUCUCACUAUUUAAAAUUAAACACUGUCCUUUGUUGGGAGAACACUUCAAGAACAAGCAUCAACAACUUUGGCCCAAAAUUUCCCACAUCCUUACCAUUAAAGUUGAUGAUGAACAAAUUUUCUGAAUAGAGAUUUCUAAGCAGGUAGCUUGUGCAUAAAUCAAGAUGUAAUCCUAUACAUUGGUUAUAUAUCUUUGCUUAAUUCUAAGUUCAUUUAAGGUGGCAAGCUGGAUUAAUGUGUUGUGAACCAGAAGCUGUGUUUUCUGAUUUUGGCUUCAUGCUAGUAUCUAAACUAGAAUGAACAGGAAAGAAAACAAAGGAAAGAUGGAGAAAGUUGGAGUGACACCUAUCACUGAAAAGUUUCUGUUGUUGAGAUGUAUCUGUGUCCAUACAACAUGCUAUCUGAAUUUUGGUGACAUGUUGCACCGUGUCUAUCCUUAUCAUCAGCAAUAACUAGAAGAGUAAGUUGGGAUUUUUGCCUUCAACUGCUUGAUGGAUUUGUACCUCUAAGUUCAACAUUAUUAGUUAUUAUGUUGUAUGAUGAUAAACAUUAUUUUUGGAGCAGAUUAAAUGUGUGUCAUUGCCUUGAUGUAACUGCAUUUUUUUCCCUAUUGUUUUAGAAAUAUUUAAUGGAUGACUUGGAUGUGCCUUGCACAUUUCCAAGAUUGAUAGUUGAGAUAUUAGUGUCACUCUAAACAGAUAAGUAUUAUUUCUCUAAUUUAAAAAUGUAGAAAACCGUAUUAUUACCUUGGUCGUUACUCAUGCAGCAGUUGAAACCUUCCUCAAACUUGCAGUUUUGUUGCAUCUCUCAGACUUAAAGACACACAAAUAAAAAACUCCAAAUCAAAUCCAAAAUCAAGGAUAAAAACUAAAAAAAUAAACAUUAA